AAUCGCGACAAAAGGAAUCUGUAUUUAGCCAAAGAAGGGCUUAUAUAUCCCGAAUCACCCGCCGCUGAAGGAGUCUCUCAAACCGAUCUUAAAAAGAGAUUAGCACUUGAAACAAAAAAGCGAAAAAUGCUUCAAAACACUCAUUAUUUUGUUUCGGAUACUCGUCUUUGCGUUCAUAAUCUUCCCCACAAUUGCGAUAACAAACAAUUGAGAAAAAUAUUUCUCAAUGCAGUCAACGACAAGAAAACACAAAUUAUUGAGGCGAGAGUUAUGUGCGAUCGACAUAAGAAUGAUCAGAAAUUUGGUAAAUCUAAAGGAUUUGGUUUCAUUGCUUUCACUGAACACAUCCACGCAUUGAAAGCGUUGAGACAAUUGAAUAACAACCCAAAUAUCUUUACGUCCGAUAAGCGACCAAUCGUUGAGUUUUCCAUUGAAAACAAAGUGGCUUUGAAUAAGAAGAAGCAUAGAAUGAACCGAAACGCCGACAAUCAGAAGAAUGGCCGACAGAGUGACCAAACAGAACACGAAUCGACCGAACAAUCGGUCGAAUACAGCGGUGUUAUGUCUAAACCAAAUAAACUGAAUGAGAAAAUUAAAGCCCCAAAAGUGAACCGAAAGUUAGGAGUAAUGCAAAAACAACUGAAGACUCGGAAAAAGGGGUUAAAGAAAAAUAAAACCAAAGAGUUUAAUGAGAAGAGACAUCAAGAAAAGGUUGAAAAACGAAACGCCCGUAAAAAAGAGACGAUUGAAAUACAAGACACACACGACAGGCAUUAUAUGAAAAGGAAAAACAUUUUCAAAGAUGAUAACAACCAGAAGAAUGACUCGAAACCACGGGCUAAG